CCGCCCUGCGCCCCUCCUCUCUCCGAUCCCCGCUCCCAUCUGCUUCCGGUUCCGGAGAACGCCUUCUCUUCGGGCCGCGGCGGGCAAGAUGGUGAACGUCCCGAAAACCCGUCGGACCUACUGCAAGAAGUGUGGCAAGCACCAGCCGCACAAAGUCACCCAGUACAAGAAGGGGAAGGAGUCCCUCUACGCCCAGGGAAAGAGACGCUAUGACAGGAAGCAGAGUGGCUAUGGGGGCCAGACAAAGCCCAUCUUCCGUAAGAAGGCUAAGACCACAAAGAAGAUUGUGUUGAGGCUGGAGUGUGUGGAGCCCAACUGCAGGUCCAAGAGGAUGCUGGCAAUUAAGAGGUGCAAGCACUUUGAACUGGGAGGAGACAAGAAGAGAAAGGGCCAGGUGAUCCAGUUCUAAGCUCCAUCCUGCUCAUUGUUAUGGACCACAUUAAAAUAUUUGGAAGUGA